UCACAAAUUUAUCACCUUUGUAUUUCUGUUUCUAUUGCCUCAGUGUUAAUAGCAAAUUUUAUAGUUGCACCAUUUUCUCAACUACUAUUUCUUUCAAUAUGUUUUCGACAAUUGCUGUGCCUUCCAACCAAACAAAGCCUCAUCACCGUGAGGUCUCCACCGUACCGGAGAGCGAGAUACUCAGGCGAAGAAAUGAGGAGUUGGAGAAAGAAUUGAAAAAGAGCUUUGAGAGAGAAGAGAAAAUGAAGCAGGAAUUGCACAAAACAUGGGAAAGGCUAAGGGUUGCGGAGGAGGCUGAGGAGCGUCUUUGCUCCCAGCUGGGUGAACUUGAGGCCGAGGCUGUCGAUCAGGCUCGGACCUACAGGACACAUGUCGUCCAGUUGAUGGAUCAACUCUCUUUGGCACAAAAACUUCUCGAAUCAGCUUCCAUUACCGUCCCUAAUUCCCAAUGAUCGUAGGGGAAAUUGGAAGAGCAUAAUCCACCGAAAGCAUUGGCUGUUGCUUUUCAGUUUUCUGGUGUGUGGGUGUUUUAUUUCUUCAUCACUGAUUUUUUUCUUUUUCCGAUUGACAUAGAUAGCCUUUUUCUGGAAAAUUCAUUUGAUGUUUGAUAUAUGGCUGUUGUGUAUUGUUGGCGGCCGGUUUUUAUUGUGAGGUUGGUUUCUGGCUCCAUGUAAAUAACAAGAUCGAUGUAACAUUAGGAACUAAGAAUUGUGGAGUAUAAUGACCUUUUUCUUCUUCUCUUCUUUUUUAGAGGUGUAAUCUGGGGAAUUUUGUGUACUUUUAGAUUAUGUUAUUUUCUCUUGAUCUA